AUGAAUGAAGAAAACAUAGAGGAUCCAUUAGACAUUCCUGGUUAUUUUUUUGAUAAAAAAAAAAAUAGAUAUUUUUUAAUUGAUAAUGAGUUAAAAAAACAAUUAAAAAAAGAAGAAUUUAAUAAAUUAAUUAACAAUGCAAAAAAAAAAAAUCGUGAAAGUAACGUAGAACCAAAAAAAUAUGUAAAAAAAAAAUUUCAUCAAAUUCAUGGAUUAAAAGAAAUGAAAAAAAAAAAAAAAAAUGCUAAUAAUAAUAAAUCGAAUAUUAAAGACAACAAUAAUAUAAAUUGUGUAUUUUUAAAUAAAACUAAUAUUAUUCUAAAUAAUAAGGAAAAAAAUUUUCAAUUUAUCAAUAAUGAAUUAAAUUUUUUAAAAAGAAAUAUAUCUGAAAAUCGAAACAUAUAUAAUAUUAUUAAGCGUAUAAGGAAUUAUAAUUUUUUGGAGGAUUCAAUUUUAAGCUUACCAUCAAUUUUUAUUAAUUCUAACUAUUGUGAAUAUAUUAAAGUAGAAGAUUUAUGUGAAUUAUCAACAAAUAAUAAUAUACUAUUCCAAAAAGAAAACAAAAGUUUAGACAACACAAAAUCUCCUUGUUUUUUAAGUAUUAAAAGAAGCGAUGGCAUAGAUGUACCACUGAAUGAUUUUAAAUGCUUUAAUUUAAGUAAAAAAUUAAUAGAUGAAAAUAAAAGAAAAAGUAAAUUAGAAUUAAAGGAUAUUAAUAAUGAACCAUUUGAAAACAACAAAAAAUACCGAAAACAUAAUUUUUCCAGUAAUAAAUUUAACGAAAAUAUUAAAAAUUACAAUAUAAUAAACAAGAAUGAUUCCGACAGAUAUAUUCAAGAUUUUAAAAGUAACAUAUCUUUUAGUUGUGAUAAUAUAGAAGAAAGUUUAUUAAUUCCUAAACUUUAUGGUCGAACAUAUCAAAAAUUAAAUUCCUACAAUACAGAGAAUAUAAAAUCAAAAAUAGUAGCUAAUAGAUAUAAGGCUAAUUUUUACUAUUUUUAUUAUAAUUAUAAUGAAGACUUAGAAGGAAAUAAUUUAAGAGAAGUAAAUAAUAAUAACACUACACGUGAGCAAAACUUUACUACUUUUAAUAAUAUUUCAAAUAAUACUAUAUAUCAAGAAACUGAUAUACAAAUUCCUUCAGAUAACUUACCAAUUAGACAUUUCGAUGCAACAACAAAUGAAGCACGAAUUUCAAAAACCUUUAAACCUUCCGAAUCAUUUUUUCAUUUAUUUAGUAAUCCUCAAUAUGAUGAUUUCAUUUUUAGUACAACUAAAGAAAACAAUUUUUCAUUUAGUUUGGGAGCCAUUGACAUGAAUAAAUUUGUCCAAACAAAUAAAAAAUCUCCUAUAAAUGAUAUAAUCCAUGAAAAUGUUUAUUAUAGCACUGAUACCAAGUAUUUAUGUAGCUACUCUAAAGAACAAAGUGAAAUUCUUUGUAUUUCUCCUCAAAUAUUAUCUCAUUUUAAUAUAUUUAAUGGAGAAUAUGUUGCUUACUCUUCAUAUGGAAAUACAAAAGAUGAAAAAAGCUUACUAUGUUUGUUAAGUAUAAAAUCAUUUUUUCAAUGCAAUCCCAAAAUAGCAAUUUAUAGCUUCAUAAGUGAAAUAAAUUAUUUUAAAUUAUUUCCUUCAAUGGACAAUAAUGAUCCUACAUAUAAUGAUAAUUAUACAAGUAAUAAUAAUACUUAUGAUGAAUAUUCAUAUCAUCAUAAUAAUAAAAUUGAUAAAAUUUUUAUAUGUGGAUCUUUUCCUUGUUUCAGUUUUAGUACAAUAAAAGAUGAUGUUACUUAUUGCAUAUGGGAUAGUAAGAAAUUAAAAGUUCAUGAUUUAUUAUCAAUGAAUGAAGACAUAACAUUUUAUAUUGAAAAUAUUUUAAGUGGAAAACAAUAUCCUUUAUUUUCAUUAUAUGAAAAUAAUUCUCAAAAAAAACUGAGAUUUUAUUCUAAAAAAAGUAAAGAAAAAGUAAAAAAAGAAAAUGAAAAAACAAUAAUAGGUGAGUUUUAUGAAAACGACAUGAAAAAAAAAAAUGAAUAUAAAACAAAAAAUUCUAGUAAAUAUUUAAAUAAUGAUGGUUAUGUGAAUAUAAAUAAAUAUGAAGUUCCAAAAAUAAAUGAUGCUCAAUCUACACGAAAGUUAAGUUAUGUAAAUAACAAUUUAAGUAAAAAUAAUUCAAGAAAUUAUAGCUCAAUAAAUUCAAAUGAAAAAAAUACGAGUAAGUAUAAUCUCUCCUAUAAUUACUAUUCACCAAAUUCUCAGAGGUACAAUUACAAUGAUAAUAAAAAGAAAGGAAUAUGUUGUGAAAAUGUAAAAAAAGCAAAUAAUAAUAUUUUUUUAUGUUGUAAUACAGAAUAUUUAUAUUUAUGUGAUUUACGAUGCAAUUUUUUAAAUACAAUAUCCAAACUUAGACUAAAUGAAGGAUAUGUAAAUAAAAUUUAUUCAUUAAACAACAAUUUUCAAUACAUAUUAUCAAAAACUAACAAUCAUAUAGGUUUAUAUGAUAUGCGGUAUUUAAAUUACAAAGAUAAUGAUGAAACAAAAAGUAAUCUAUUAGUUACAUAUGAAAGAUUUAUAGAUAAUAAUAAUCUUAAAAAAUAUCUCAAUGAUUUUUAUGUUAUAGACAAUGAGCAGUACAUUGUUUCCCUGGAUACCUACACGAAUUCUGUUUAUAUAUAUGAUAUUAUGAGCACCGCAAACAGAAUCAUAAAUUUAGAUGGAAACUCUGAUUAUUCAAAAAACAAUCAAUUACACAGUUAUGCAAAUUUAUCUAGAAUUCCUUAUAUAUACUCAUGUAACUUAUAUGAUGAUGAAUAUUAUAAUUAUUAUAAAAAAAAAAUUAAAGAAACUAAAGCAACUAAUAGAAAAUAUGUAAAUCAUUUUAAUCCUUUGAAAUCCUAUCCAAAAAAGGAUUUAUUUAUAGGACUAAAUGUUCAAUCAAUUUUACCUCUUUUUUAUAUUAAACAGAAAUAUAAUAAACAUAAUUUCAUUUCUAUAAAUGAAGGAGGUUUUAUUUGUACCAUAAAUAUAUAA